UGUUAAUUAUUAAACAGUGUUUAAAUAAAACGCUCCAAUAUUUGUGGGCACUGUACGGAUAACGCAGUUGUAUGUAGCACUUAAGCCACACCAACAAUUUACCGACCAACGAAAGACAAAGCUACGCUACGGUCGUACUGGCAAAGUGUGCUGUGAACGGCCAAUGCAGAAUUGUCAUACUCGGAGUUUUUUUUUCGCGUUCAGUUUAGGUUUUAGUUACCUGCGCGCAACAACCCCGUCGCCGUUAGACGUGAUUGCGUCCUGCGUUUUCAAAUCCAAAACUCAACUAAUAAAUAUCGCUGCCAACAAAUGAAUGCACUGGCAGUCACCUGGAAGUGCUGCGACUUGUAAAUUGGCAUUUAAUUGUGUAAAUACAUAAGCGAAAGCAGCAUCGUACCCCGUGUAUUUCUUUUGUGAGGCGCGCGUCUUCUUUUUUUUUUUUUUUUGCUGGCUGUGUAGUGAAACAACCACGGGCAACAUUUAAGUUGCUCCUUGGCUUGGCCGCUUAAUUCCUUGACACGCCAACGGUAGCAAGAAACAACAGCACGAUGGAGAAGCAAAAUAAACGCUCGCAGCUCAUACGCGACAAAAUGGUGUUGGCCGAGCGCAACACCAGCGACAUUGUGCGCAAUGGUCGACGCUCACGUGGACCCAGCCCCAAUACGCACACAAGCGGCGCUGGCAGCGGUGGCACUGGAAAUGCUCACAAUGCUGCUAGCGGCAUAGGAGGCGGCGGUGCCGGUGGUGGCAGCAAUUCCACAAACGCCACAUCAAAUGAAAAGGCGACAGCAACCGUACCGGUUGGCGGCACACCGGAGAGCUCCGACGAUGAUAACUAUCUCAACGCAGCAACAAAACGAAAUGGCAAAUCCAAAGCUAAGCAGUCGGAAUACGAAGAGAAAAUACGCGUUGGACGCGAUUAUCAGGCGGUGUGUCCGCCACUGGUGGCUGAACCGGAUCGCCGGCCGGAGCACAUCAACGAACGCGCACUGUUGGUCUGGUCGCCCACCAAGGAGAUACCCGACAUGAAAUUGGAGGAAUACAUUUCGGUGGCCAAGGAGAAGUAUGGCUAUAAUGGCGAACAGGCGUUAGGCAUGCUCUUCUGGCACAAGCACGAUCUGGAGCGUGCUGUCAUGGAUUUAGCAAAUUUUACGCCAUUUCCCGAUGAGUGGACUAUCGAGGAUAAAGUGCUCUUCGAGCAGGCAUUUCAGUUUCAUGGCAAAAGUUUCCAUCGCAUACGCCAGAUGCUGCCAGACAAAUCAAUAGCCAGUUUGGUUAAAUAUUAUUAUUCGUGGAAGAAAACGCGUCAUCGCAGCAGCGCCAUGGACCGCCAGGAGAAAAUGAUAAAGGCUGCAGUUAAAGAGGGCUCCGAGAAUGGCAGCGAAGUGGGCAGCAAUGAGGAAUCUGAUAAUGAUGACAAGAUACAGAAGAAUAGGCAAACGAUGGAACAGCUGGACAAGGACUGCAGCGAGAUUAAUCCGGAUGACGGAGCAGGAGGAGGUGGCGGCAGCGGCGGCGGCGGAGCUGCCACUGCUGCUGCGACCAUCAACACGGUUGCCAACACUGAAGCAGCCGCUGCUCAACCCCGCAUUUCGGCCCGUUGGACACCAGAUGAGAUUCAAGUGGCGCGGCUCGCGCUGCGCGACUAUGGCAAAAACUUUCCGAUGAUAGCCAAAGUGGUGGGCACGAAGACGGAGGCGCAUGUGCGCACUUUUUAUGUAAACAAAUGCCGACGCUACAAUCUCGAUCAGAUUGUUAAGGAGCACGAAGCGAAUGCGUCCACCAAGGCGGAAGAGUCGAACGUCGAGGAGAGCAGCGAUGCUCAAGCUGCAGUUGCUGGACCUGCAACUGCAACUGCAGCCGUAACUGCUACUGCUGCUGCUGCUACCACUGCGGUGGCUGGUGCCAGUGCCAAUGUGACUGCAGUGGACGGCGCUGCAGUUGUGGCCAGCAAAUCGACAGCCAACAACGAUGCUAGCGAACCCAGCAGCCAAGAGUUGUCCAAAAAGGAGGAGGCAGCAACAGCAACAGGAACAGCAACAGCAACAGCAGCUGCAUCAUCAUCAUCAACAACAUCAUCAACAACAUCAUCAACAUCAUCAUCAUCGAAUGCCAGCAACACAAAGAAGAAGCCAGAACUGAUGAAUGCCGCAGCAACAACCAUUGCGCCGAAGACAAGCGAGAGUGCAACUGGUGCAACAGCAACUGCACCAAUUGCUGCUGCUGCUGCUGGGAAUGCCAAUGGCUCUGCAGCAGCAUCUGCUAACAAGUCAAUAGCGGCGAUUACCAACGCGCCAACCAUUACCAUUGUGGAUGAGUCAGAUACGGCGACCAGUUCCAGCAGCGAUCUGGCGAACAGCAACAGCAACAGCAACAGUAACAGUAACAGCAACAGCAACAGCAACAAUACUCCGCAAACAGCUGCCAAUGCCAAUUUGGGCACAUCGGGCAUUAGCAGCACGACGAGCAGCAGCGCACCAGCCAAAUCAUCAUCGACGAAUAGCAAUCACAACGAUGCUGACAGCGAGGAGUCGUCCGCUUCGCUGAAAUCAACUGCCGUCGCGGUUAAGCGUGACAAUUCCCAAUUGAACGACACUAUCGAAAUGCCGCCAACCAAAAAAUUGAUGCUACCUGUCAGCGCCGAGUUCCUUGCCAAGUGAAAGGUGCACUGUGCGCUCGCAACGAGGAAUACUGAGCUGGUCUGGUCACAGGCGGAUAUAUCGCACAACGAUAUAUCUACAUCUAUAUACAACUAUCGUUAUAUCGGCUAGCCGUUAAGCCCAAAGGUUGUGGUGUGUGUGUGUCUACAUUUUAAUAGAUUAGUCUUUUUUUUUUUUUAGCUACCCAAGAACUCUAUUCUUAAUUUGUAUUUUAAGGACUUUAAGGAGACUUAUCUGCUGACACACACACACACACACACACACACACACAAACAAACAUUUAUAGAUUUGG